AUGAGCCAUCUGGGCAGGGCAUUCCUCGCUCCCGGAACACUGAGCACGCCGGCUGGUGCUUCAAUCCAAGCUCCUUGCGGACGGACGGACCGGACGGACCGGACAGGACGCACAGCCGGCCAGUCCGGUGGAGCUUUCCAGUCAGCCAUGGCUGGCGCCGUGGCAGCUUCGGCCCUCGUAGCUUUGCAGAAGCUUGGGCUUCGCUCGAGCUCGGGCGUGCAGCGUCGUGCGUUCUCAGCGGCCAAGUCUCUGAGACAUCAGCCACUCAAGCAGCGGGCUUCUUUGACUGGUCGCAUGGCUGCCACGGUGCUGGCUCCUCCAGGUGAGCUUCUCGGUGUGGCACCAGACGAGAAAUACAACGUUCCGGCCGGUGUCCGAGAGAAGCUCGGCAAGGAUCUCUUGUUGAACCCCAAGCAUCCUCUGGGGAUCUUGUGGAGAACGGUUCAGGACUAUUUUGCAGAGCAGGAUCCGAACUGCAAGUUCUUCGACACUGAAAAGCCGGUUGUGAACACAGUGGACUGCUUUGACAAGUUGCGAGUUCCGCCAGAGCACCCAUCUCGAUCCCCAUCGGACACGUACUAUGUGAACAAAGACUAUGUCUUGAGAACUCACACUUCUGCGCACCAAUGCCAGUUCUUGAGCCAGUAUCCCAAAAUUACAUCCUUCUUGUGUGCCGGCGAUGUCUACAGGAGAGAUGAGAUUGAUGCAUCGCACUAUCCAGCCUUCCACCAGUGUGAAGGGGUCAGGCUCUUUGAUGCGGAGAAGGUCUCACGGGAGGAAGUCCUGGAGGAUUUGAAGAAGACUCUUGAAGGCUUGGCCGCCCAUUUGUUCCAGCUUAAGACAGGGGAAGAUACUAUGCGAUGGCUUGACGAGUAUUUCCCCUUUACCGAGCCAUCACUGGAACUGGAGAUCUUCUAUCAGGACGACUGGAUGGAGGUGCUGGGAUGUGGCGUCAUUCACCACGAUGUCUUGCGGAACGCCGGCCUGGACCCGGCGAAGGUCCACGGCUGGGCUUUUGGCCUCGGGCUCGAGCGCCUGGCCAUGGUGCUCUUCGGCAUUCCUGACAUUCGUCUCUUCUGGUCAGAGGAUCCUCGUUUCUCUGAACAGUUUGCCCCGGAGUCCUUUGCCGAGAAGACACGAUUCAAGCCUUUCUCCAAGUAUCCUCCUGUGCUCAAGGACAUCAGCAUGUGGAUCCCAGAGAAUUUUGCUGAUAAUGACCUGUUCGAGAUGAUUCGCGAUGAGGGCGGUGACCAGGUCGAGAAGGUGGAUCUGAUGGACGACUUCACGCAUCCGAAGACAGGAAAAAGAUCAAAGAUGUUCCGAGUGACCUGGCGAGACAUGUCGCGGACUCUGACGAACGAGGAGGUCAAUGCCAAGCACGAGACCGUGCUGGAGUUGAGUUGCGGUAGCGCGGUGGCCACACAUGCCAAGGAGCAGAUCGAUUUCUUGUUUGUAGUGACAAGGCUCACAACGGUACUGCAGGCUGGAGUAAAAAGGUGCUCCAAGUUUCCAUUGCCUGUUAGUCUGCCGGCCAGCUAUCCAACUUUCGAUUGUGAGCUGUGCCGAGAUCUCUCCUGGAGCGUGGUGUCAAGUGUCGCCGAUGUCUUGCGCUUAUUGGACUUCGGUCACAAGAUGCGCGCUGUGGCGAGAACCAACAUGAACGCGGCCUCUUCGCGCUCUCACGCUGUGGCGACUUUCCAGGUGGAGCAGCUCGUGCCAGGACGUGCUUUGGAAGACACGAAGCGGAGGCGGGCACAGCUGCAGACGGUCGAUCUGGCCGGGGCAGCACGCAUGGACCAGAUCGGAGACUCGGAGGGUGCUGCCGAGAGACGGGUCCACCAUGGAGAAGUCAUCCUCCGAGCCCGUCCUCCCACAGGAGGCGUGCCUUCUUGGAGUGCUGAGCCGUGGUCAUGGAAACCCGACUCCAUGUGA